AAAAGAAAAAGCACCCGCUCUUCCGGGUGUCCCCAUCAUAGCAAGUUUUCGCAUAUGUGUUAUGACUUUCAGGUGAAUUUGGGGGGGAAAAAACAGAUUUGACGUAUUAAGAUGAACACUGGACUGAAACACUGGAAGGAGGCGGCCACUCUCAUUUUAGCCACGGGUCACAGGCUCGGCGGGGACACUUUAUCCACACGGACAGUUGCGUGUUCUCAGCCGGGCAACACCGAAGGACGACCUCGGGCCCCUCAAGUCUUUGACUACAAUGUUUUGCUCCUUAAACGAAGCAGUAAAAGUGGAUUCAUGCCUAACGCCUAUGUGUUUCCCGGAGGUUUGGUGGACUCUUCCGACUUUUCUAGUGAGUGGUUGGACAUCUUCAAAGCUUUUACAAACUCUCCGAACUUUGGUUUAAGGAGGGUCACGCAACCCCCUGAUACCAGACCGCCGAUUUUUGCUACCGACAGGCUUAAACUGGGCUCACCAAUCCCAGGCGAAGUCGCCUUCCGUAUCUGCGCCUUGAGGGAGACAUUCGAGGAAUCUGGCGUUCUGCUUUUCGUUUCCAAAGAAGACCAGUUGGGCUUGUUAAAGAGCAUCAACGACAGAAGCGCUACUGAUGAAAUCAAGCACUACAAAGUAAAUCAGCUGUGCAGCAGUGAAUUGAACAGGUGGAGGACUCUGGUGAACCAGAACCCGUCCAAUUUCGUCAGAAUGUGCAGGGAGCUGGAGGUGCUGCCUAACAUCUGGGCACUCCACGAGUGGUCCAACUGGCUGACCCCUGAGAGAGGAUAUGGCGUGAAGAGGUUCGAUACGGCUUUCUUCAUAUGCUGUCUGGAGGACAGACCACACGCCCUCCAAGACCAGAAAGAAAUUGAACACUUUCAGUGGUCAGCACCAGCAGACGUCCUGCGAAGCUUUCAGGCUCGUGACUUGUGGAUCGCUCCCCCGCAAUUCUAUGAGCUGAGACGCUUGUGCCGUUUCGCCUCGCUGAGCAACCUCCACGCAUUCGCCAGGCAGCGCAGCACAGACGGCUGCGAACAUUGGCUGCCUGUCAUCUUCUUACAGGAAGACAGCUACAUAUCAGUGCUGCCAGGAGACCAACUGUACCCAUCGAACAAUUCAGACAAGAUUGAGGUGGACACAAAGGCAGAGCAUGGUGAAGGUUCUGAGUCAGCACUGCACCGUUUCCUGAUCUCAGACCCCUACAGUCCAUGCCUGGAGGUCAACAUCGCACCCAAGUACAACCACAUGCUGCCCCUCACUGGACCCUUGGACUCCACAACCCCUGUGUGAACCAUGUAGCAACAAAUCACACACAAAAGCACUCAGGGGGAAAACAAACCAUCAUGUCUAGGUCAUACUUGCACAAGGCAUUUAUCUCAUGCAGAUUGUGUCAAGUAGUUUAUUUCUUUUGAGCAAGGUGUCUGUUAUCAUUUAGAACUGGCACGAUCACAUUGCAGUUCAGUGAACCCACCACUGUGGAGAAGCAGAAAUGGAGACUAGCAUACUUCCAAGGAAAAUAAAUUUUCCAUAAACUGGAAGUGGCCCACCAAUGCCUAUGCUUAACUCAUUCACUGCCAUUGACAACGAUAGACGCCCAAUCUAUUCGUCCUGCCGAUCUCUCCCCAUUCAAAUGGAUUGGACAUCUAUCGCAGUCAAUAGCAGCAAGUGAGUUGAAGUAAUCUAAUUGCGCAAGUAGACGCAGGGGCAUUCCUGCUCCGUUGUUGACAGUGACAAUAAAGACCGAUUCUAGGACUGAUAAAGAAUAUUUUUAAAAUGAAAAAUACCUAAUAAUAAAAAAAAUUUUUUUUUUUUUUAUGUCAGGUUUUUUUUUGUUUCAGCAAUGUUUUGACAGUAAUACAUUUGUGGCAUUGAUUUGAGAAUCAUUAAAUGACUAUGUUUGUCUUCAAUGGGUUAUUCUCCCACUGACCCCCCCAAAAAAUAGUUAGGUUUUGUUUGAAUUAAUUGUUUUGAAGGGAAUUAAAAAUUAGGUGUGUGGAGGUGUUUUAUAUAUUAUUCUAGUCAUUCGUUACAACUUAAAGCGUUUUUUUUUUCUUUUUUUUUUUUCUUUUCAAACAACACCAGUAUUAGUAUUCAUUCAUUUUCUCAUUGAGUACUCACUGAUACCAUUACCACUAGUGCUUUUGAUAUUUAAAAUUUAAAUUAACAUAAUCACAAUUUUGAAUGAAGACGUUUCUAUUUUUUCUAUUUUUUUUAUUGAUUUCCCAACGUAUCAAACUGUCACAGUAUCUUUUUGUAUUCAAUAUUAAACAUCUUUUUGUAUUUAGUAUGAGUGGCCGGUAUCAGCGGCACCAGCAAAAUUGUGUUGUAUAGCAUCUAAUUCAGCCUUAUAACGUGUCCUGUAUUGGGGCUAUUCGUAUUAACUUGCUAUCAUGUACUCCCGUUUUGUUUUUAUUAUGAAAUUGUUAUUUUAACUUAAAAAGAUAGCAUAUUUAAGUUAUUUUAGACAAUAAAUCAACAAAUAAAGGUAUUUAUAAAAUAAUUGAUUUAGCAAAGUCUUAUUUGUAAAAUAAUUGAUUUAGCAAAAGUCUUAAUGCAUUCAUGUGGGUGAAAAUGCAACAAUACCGUAACGUUGUUGGUUGGUUGGUUGGUGUUAUACUUCUAUGCGUGUGCGUAUGUAUGAUGGAUUAAGUUGAAAUAACACUCAACCUUCAUGCUGUUUGCUUUGGAGAGUCAAUUGAGGGUUACCAUGGCAACUCCAUAGCCUUAGAAACCCACUAACGUUGUCCGCGAUGAUCAGGUGAUGAUGUGGUUCUUGGAUGUAGCUUGUGCCUCUGUCGAGUGCAUGUUUGGACGAAGGUUCACUCACCUUUAAAUGACUCUAAUGUGAUUAAAGUUUAAUGCAGCUUUUUAGAGGAAGUUCUAGAAUUUGAAAGCUUGCAAAAAAUAUAUUUAGAUGUUUCCCAUGCUGUCUGGGUCUCCUGCUCUCAGAAUCCCUUACGCUUCAGAAAUUCAAACAUUUUUGGCCUUGUCCUUUCUUUGCUAUGUUUAAUUAAUUGCCUUCAUAUUUUGGGAACUUUCGGAACCUCACUUAAAGUUGAGCAAAGUAACUAAGAUAAAAUGAUCUUCAGGCAGUUUUGUGGCUUUUCAUUUAACCCUUAAUAGGGCACUCAUUUAACUCUUGCAAAUGGUCGCUGCCAGCCCUCCCAGUCAAUAUGGAUUGGACGUCUAGCGCUGUAAAUGGCACUGAAAGAUGAAUAUUUAUGGCCAGUCCUCAAAGUUUAAAUGUAUUGGAUGUCUAUCAUUGUCAAUGGCAAGUAAUGAUUAAAAACUAUGAAAUUUAAAAAAUAAGAAGAAACUGGAAGGCCAUAAACAUAUUGAACUUCUGUUUUUGUUCAUUUUGAUUAUAUAAAUACAUAUAUAUAUAUAUAUAUAUAUAUAUUUAUAUGGCGGAAAACACUCAGGUAACUUGAAGUUCCACUCUGAGACCCCCAAUUUGGCCAACUUUCAAAAUUGACCGAUAUGCAUGUGUAAUACAUCAUUGUAAAGCUUAAAAUCACAUUUUUCUGGGGGAAGAAAAAUUUUGAACUGGAGGGCACUUUGAAAAAAAAAAAAAAAAUUAACAGCAAAUCCCUAUCUGGAGGCGAGAGCACAUGAGAGCAGAAUUACAGACGCCAUGACUUUGACGAGAUAUUAUCGCGUACUUGCCUUGUGCCGAUCCAAAAACUCCAUAUAUCACCGAGUGUCAAGACGCAUCUGUGAAUGGCCACAGCUGGAUUUUUGGGGGAUUUUAUGGGUAAAACAUGGUAAUAUAACGAGGGUCGCGAUGUAGAAAUCGCAGACAUCAAGGAGUGGUUGAGAUGUUCUUUUUCAUAUAUUUACCCUUUUAAAUUAUUAUUUUUUUUUUUCAAUUUUUCUUUGUUUGGAUCGAUUAUUUAUCAUCUAAAAUAUCAGUAAAAUGCGAAAGUAACAAAAAAAAAUACAAUUAAGCGAUAGUUAUGAGGCAGAUAUGCGUGACUUUUUUUUACAGACACCAAUUUUUUCAUUCUGCCGUAAUUUGUUUAAAAGAUUAAAAUAUGCGAGUGAAUAAUUUUUUUGUCGUUUUUAAAAAAUAUAUAUAUAUAUAUAUAUUUUAAACGAAAUAUUGGACAUCGAAUAAUAAUUCUAAGCUAAAAAUGACGUUUUGAAUAAUAAAUAUAAUUCUUUUUAUGCCUGGGUUGAAACAAAAGCAGUUGCGCGACGUCUGUAAACGGGGGUUUCCAGGGUGAAAGGGACAAAUUAAAAAUAGUUUGGGGGGUUAAUGGGCCAUGAUUCUGCUCUGGCAGCAUAUAGACAUAUUGUUCUAUCAAACACAACAGUUCUUUUGGCUUAAAAUAAAGCAGUUUGUUUUUUAGAGGGUUGCAAGAGCAGAAACUGCUUUUUUUGUCUUGUCUGUGUUUUCCGAUAUAUACAGUGCCUUGCAAA